AUGACCCCGUGGACACGGAGGGCUUUGGAGAAGGUGCUGACAUGCAGGAGCGUUUUCUGUUCCCGGAGUACAUCCCGGAGCCGGAGCUGGAGCCCACCCGCGAAGAGCAGCUGCAGGAGCUCCAGCAACAGCAGGAGGAGGAGGAGCGACAGAGGCAGCAGCGGCGGGAGGAGCGGCGACAGCAAAACCUACGGACCAGGCCCCGGGAGCACCCGGUCGUGGGGCACCCGGACGCGGCAGUGCCGCCCAGCGGCGUGAACUGCUCGGGCUGCGGGGCAGAGCUGCACUGCCAGGAUCCCGGCGUGCCCGGCUACCUGCCCUGCGACAAGUUCCUCCGCAUGGCGGAGGCAGACGGCGGGCUGGCGCGGACCGUGUGCCAGCGAUGCUGGCUGCUGGUGCACCACCGGCGCGCUCUACGCCUGCAGGUGAGCCGCGAGCAGUACCUGGAGCUGGUGAGCGCCGCGUUGCGGCGGCCCGGGCCUUCCCUGGUUCUCUACAUGGUGGACCUGCUCGACCUGCCCGACGCCCUGCUGCCCGACUUGCCCGCGCUGGUGGGCCCCAAGCAGCUGAUCGUGCUGGGAAACAAAGUGGACCUCCUGCCCCAGGAUGCUCCUGGCUACCGGCAGAGGCUGCGGGAGCGACUGUGGGACGACUGUGCCCGGGCCGGGCUCCUGCUGGCCCCUGGCCACCAAGGGCCACAGAUCCCCGUCAAGAACGAGCCACAGGACGGGGAGAAUUCGAAUCCGCCGAACUGGUCCCGCACGGUGGUCAGAGACGUGCGACUGAUCAGCGCCAAGACCGGCUAUGGAGUGGAAGAGUUGAUCUCUGCCCUUCAGCGCUCCUGGCGCUACCGUGGGGACGUCUACUUAGUGGGCGCCACCAACGCCGGCAAAUCCACUCUCUUUAACACGCUCCUGGAGUCCGAUUACUGCACCGCCAAGGGCUCCGAGGCCAUCGACAGAGCCACCAUCUCCCCUUGGCCAGGUACUACAUUAAACCUUCUAAAGUUUCCCAUUUGCAACCCAACUCCUUACAGAAGGUUUAAAAGACAUCAAAGACUUAAAAAAGAUUCAACUCAAGCUGAAGAAGAUCUUAGUGAGCAAGAACAAAAUCAGCUUAAUGUCCUGAAAAAGCAUGGUUAUGUCGUAGGAAGGGUUGGAAGGACAUUCUUGUAUUCAGAAGAACGGAAGGAUACAGUUCCCUUUGAGUUUGAUGCUGAUUCACUUGCCUUUGACAUGGAAAAUGAACCUGUUAUGGGUACGCACAAAUCCACCAAACAAGUAGAAUUGACUGCACAAGAUGUGAAAGAUGCCCACUGGUUUUAUGACACCCCUGGAAUUACAAAAGAAAACUGUAUUUUAAAUCUUCUAACAGAAAAAGAAGUAAAUAUUGUUUUGCCAACACAGUCCAUUGUUCCAAGAACUUUUGUGCUUAAACCAGGAAUGGUUCUGUUUUUGGGUGCUAUAGGCCGCAUAGAUUUCCUGCAGGGAAAUCAGUCAGCUUGGUUUACAGUCGUGGCUUCCAACACCCUCCCUGUGCAUAUCACCUCCUUGGACAGGGCAGACACUCUGUAUCAGAAGCAUGCAGGUCAUACGUUACUCCAGGUUCCAAUGGGUGGAAAAGAACGAAUGGCAGGAUUUCCUCCUCUUGUUGCUGAAGAUAUUAUGUUAAAAGGAGGACGGGGGGGAUCUGAAGCAGUGGCAGACAUCAAGUUUUCCUCUGCAGGUUGGGUUUCAGUAACACCUAAUGUUAAGGACAGACUGCAUCUCCGAGGCUAUACACCUGAAGGAACAGUUUUGACCGUCCGGCCCCCUCUCUUGCCAUAUAUUGUUAACAUCAAAGGAGAGCGCAUCAAGAAAAGUGUGGCCUAUAAAACCAAGAAGCCCGUUUCCCUUGUAUUCAACGUGCGGAAGAAGAAAGGACAGAUAGAUGUAUGAGACCGACCUUGUUCACUCCAGAUAUUAACUGUAUUGAACACAAGAAUAUACACUGAAAUUGUAUUAAACAUAUUAAACAUAAAUAAAGCUCCCACUCUCA